AUGUCGGCAAAGCGUAGGAAUCUAGGGAUGUAAUUGACUCAAAGUCAGGAAUUAUUUUGGUUUUAAAUCUUCCCAAAGCGGUAACGUAGUGAACGAUGAAAAUUUGGCAGUAGUGUCAAAGUAAUCCUUUACUCUCAAUGAUUUUUAUUUUUCGCUAUUUCAAAUUGGUGUAUUUUCCAGAGUAAAGACAAUACGACAAAACUGCUGGAUUUGGGGAAAAACAUGGAGACAAGGAGGGGAAGGACUCGACUAAAUGACUAAGCUUGAAGUUUUCAGCCAUCAAUGCAUUCACAAAUCUCUUGGAGUUAACAUGUAUUGGACAUUUAAGAUACAUCGAUUAUUUCCUGUGUGGGAUCAAAUGUGCCGGAAAAAUAUCCUUUGAAUCUGGACAUCAAGAUAGCUUUCGAACAAACUCUGCUCAGUUGACAUCAAAGGAUUCGGAAGUUUUCUCCCGAAAUUCUCUCACAGAAUAGUAGCCAAUUCUGGUCGAUGGAAUUGCACUGAGGAAUCACAAAUGGGUAACAUGUAGCCUAACAUAUCUUACCCCAAGGAACACCUUAAACAUUAUAACUCCGGCUAGCACAGCGGCAAAGUGGUGUUUUGUUAAGUAUUUUCCAUCUAGUGUUCACCUCAAGAGGCCUGUGUAGGCUUAAUGAAAAUACCACGUAUAGAUUGUGACGAAAGAUGUGCAAUUUACGUGUUAGAAUGUUAAUAUUGAAGGAGUAGGCCUAGAACUUUUACAGGCUUCCGCAGUUGUUGGCUACAAAACUUUUUCGGAAAUCGGACUAUACAAACGUGUCUGGAAUAAUUACUAUUACUGGAAACUCCGUGAGAGAUGGGAACAUAUCUGAAGAGAAAUGUGGUCAUUGACACGAAGUAAAUGCGAGUGACAUUUGGACAGCAAAAUACUUUUAGUCUUUUUGUAUGACUGAAGGUUGAGGGUUGCGAGGACUCUACCCAGAAAAAAAGGUGAAACCGUCAAUUAUAGGCUACACUGUAGCUAGAAACAAAUUAACAAUAGGCCUGGGCGCUGUUAGCUAGCAAAUAUUUCUAGUUUUCGGGCGAAGAAGCUUCUUAUUUUCACUUGAAUAUGUUUUGAUUGCAGCCUUUUUGGAAGUAUUUGACAGUUCUUCGACAUAUUAACUAUGGUUGCAUAAGUUAUUCAGUUCUCCAUGUUCAAGACUAUUCAGAAUAUUUUUCUAUACAGGACUACUGUAUGUGGUAACAUUUACCAUCGUUUUCUUCAACCAACAAUUUCCUGUCUUGUGAGAAGAAGCGUAAAGAUAGAAUUCUGGAACUGGCCGAAGACGAUACAGUGGAAUAAGCUAUCGUAGACAAUUGCCAGUAUCACCAUUCGUGUCGAAACACAUUGGUUGGACACCAAGGAGCACCAAUUUUCCGACGUACAAGGGAGAUUGUGCACAUUAAAAUGAUAGUUGGAUAAAGGCUGAAGAAAUUAAACGAAAGCCCAAUGAGUGGCAUACAGUCCACGAUAACUGACAGGUUUCCCAAAAAAACUACCAGGACAGGAAGUAUUCUCGGCAAGGACCAUCCCCCAGACAAGAAGUCAAAGAGCGACAAGCCAGCUGUCUCCUCCUCCAAUGAGUUUGAUCCCACAGACGCGCUGGUGCAGAACAGCAGCCUCAGCAGCAGUAGCAGCAGCAGCAGCUGUGUUGUAGCCGACGGAAAGCCCGAGUCCUGUGGGCUUGUUCAGCGUUGUGUCAUCAUUCAGAGAGAUGAGAAUGGCUUCGGCCUGACCGUCAGCGGAGACAACCCAGUGUUUGUGCAGCUCGUCAAAGAAGAUGGAGCUGCCAUGCGAGCUGGUGUGCAGACAGGAGACAGGAUCAUAAAGGUCAAUGGAACAUUAGUAACACAUUCAAACCAUGUGGAAGUUGUUAAGUUGAUAAAAUCGGGCUCCUAUGUGGCCCUCACGGUGCUCGGCCGGCCUCCAGGGCUGCCUCAGAUCCCACUGUCCGAGGGUGAGGGUGACUCGGGGUCCCUCUCCCUCUCCUCCCCGCACUCCCCCGGCCCCACCACAGGGGAGCGCUCCUCCACCUCCUCCAGCCCCUCCGACCGCAUCACCUCCCCCCUUCCUGCCUGGGAGGAGAACAGCACAGCGUACAACCAGAAGGUGGAUAUCCUGCACCUGCAGAAGAUGCUGACAAAACAGCAGCAGAAUCACCAGGCCAUGAAGGAGGAGUGCAGCAGGAACCCCUCUCCCAAACUACUGAAGGAGAUCCAGGAAGCCAAGAAGCACAUUACACUGCUCCAGGGACAGCUGAGCAAGGCUACAGCAGCUGCACAGGAUGGUGGGGUAUCAUCUCAGCUGUCGGAGGCUGACGUGGACGAGGUGGGCGGUGGCGAGAGUGAGCAGCCUCUGUCCUGGGCCACUGACUCAGCCCCCGACGGCUCCUGGCCCAACAGCACUGCGCCUCCUGCCUCUCCGUACCCAAACGCUGCCCUCCCAGAUAGUCCGUGCCAAAGAGAGACCCCCUGCCACAGUCCAAAGACCACUCCCCGGGGCAGCCUGACCUCCUGCCCCUCGCCAGACACGGAGGACCCGCCAGAGCUGGACUCACAGUCUAGUCUCGGCAGCCCCAUGUCACGCCAACCCCCUCAGAUCAUCGGUGCCGAGGAUGACUACUUCGGCGAUACUGAACAGGACCAGAUUAAUGGGCAGUGCAGCUGUUUUCAGAGCAUGGAGCUCCUGAAGUCUCGACCUGCGCACCUGGCUGCCUUUCUCCAUCACGUGGUCUCCCAGUUCGACCCUGCGCCACUGCUGUGCUACCUCUAUGCUGACCUGUACAAGCAGACCAACCCCAAAGAGACACGACGGAUUUUCACGGACCUGCACACUUAUUUCAUGGACCGAACAGCGAACCUAAAGGUAGCUGUGCCUGAGUCCAUCUCAGCUGAACUUGAAAAAAGGAGAGCAGAACUGCUCCCAGAGGAGACUCACAGGCAGUACGUGCAGCUGCUUCAGGACACCCUCCUGACAGACAUUCAGAAGAACCUGGAAGACUUCAGGCAGAAGCGCAGUAUGGGCCUGACGCUGGGCGAGGCUGAGCUGACGCGCCUGGACGCAGAGACUGGGAGGAACCGCGUUGCGCUGGAGAGGGAGCGCUCCUGUGCUGAACACAUCAUCUCCAAGAUCGAGGAAGUGCUAUUGACGUCGCAGCCCACAGAGGAGGAGAAGUGCAGCACGAUGCAGUAUGUGAUCCUCACCUACAUGAAGCACCUGGGGGUGAAGGUGAAGGAGCCGCGAGGCCUAGAGCCCAAACCCAAACGCAUCAACUUCAACCUGCCCAAGAUCAAAGUGAAGGGCAUCAAGCCAGAGAAGGAAGGUGAGGAGAAGGUGAAGAAGGCCAGAUUCCCCCCUUUCCUGGGUCCUCCCAGACGGCCCAGUCGCAUCGACCCGCCCUCAAUCGGCAAAGCCAUGGAGAUGAACAAGCAGCGUCCUCAGAAGCAGCUCUCGCAGCCGGCGCUCAGCGUUACUGACCAGUCCGACUCAUCGUCGCCGUUGUCAGCGCCAGCGGGGUUGGGAGGAGGACGCCUCCGUAGCAGCCAGUCCAGUGACGGCUCGGACACGACACACGUCAGCACCAUCAUGACCUCCCCGCCACACAGUGCCCCCGCUGCACAGGGCUCGGAUGCAACCAGCCGCGACGCCGACUCAGGCUCCACCCCCUCCUCGGCCCAGGCCAGACUCGGGGACGGCGUUCACCUCGGUGACCCCCAGGACGGAUCCACGCCGGGCGCCAGCACCCACUUUGACUUUGGCCCUUGUGCCCUGGAGCAGCUGCAGGAGGAGGAGCCGGAGACGGACAGGACCCAGGACGGAGGCACGCCGAAGCCAGCCAGGAGGAUGGACCCGCUUGGCUCGGGCGAGGUCCACAGUGAGGAUGACCAGGGUGGUGAGGUGGAGCUGGAGCAGGACCCCUCCAACUGGCAGAUGUCAGUCCCCCGAGAGAUCCUGCAGGGACUCGCCUCUCAGGAAAUCAAGCGGCAAGAAGUCAUUUACGAGCUGUUCUAUACAGAGAGGACUCACCUGCGUAUGCUGCGUGUCCUUGACAACGUGUUCUAUCAGAAGCUGAGCAGAGAAAGCAUCCUCCCUCCAGGCGACGUCAAGCACAUCUUCACCAACCUAGAGGAAAUCGUCCAACUACACGCCUCCAUAUUAGAACAGAUGAUGGCCACCCGGAAAAAGAAUGAAAGUUCAGUCAUCAGUUUGAUUGGAGAUGAUCUGCUCACAUGGUUCAGUGGGACGGAGGAGGAGAAGAUCAAGCAGGCGGUGGGCACCUUCUGCAGUAAUCAGCCCUUUGCUCUGGAGCUCAUCAAAAGCAGGCAGAAGAAAGACCAGCGCUUCACCUCCUUCAUGCAGGAGGCCGAGAGUAACCAGCUGUGCCGUCGGCUCCAGCUCAAAGACAUCAUCCCCAUGGAGAUGAUGCGGCUCACCAAGUACCCUCUGCUGCUGGAGAACAUCGCCAGAAACACCGAGGACCUGGAGGAGAAGGACAAAGUCAAGAGAGCUGCCGAGUGCUGCAGGAAUAUCCUGAACCACGUCAACCAGGCGGUGAAGGAGGCCGAGAACAAACAGAGACUGGAGGACUACCAGAGACGGCUGGAUCUAUCCUCGUUUAAGCAGAGUGAGAAUCCCAUGAUCUCCGAGUUCAAGAAUCUGGACUUGACCAAGAGGAAGUUGGUGCACGAAGGACCACUGUCAUGGAAAGUCAACAAAGACAAGACAAUAGAGCUGUACACGCUGCUGCUGGAGGACAUCCUGGUGCUGCUGCAGAGGCAGGACGAGCGGCUCAUCCUCAAGUGCCACAGCAAGAACCUGGCCGGCACGGCCGACACCAAGCACAUCUUCAGCCCCAUCAUCAAGCUCAGCACCGUGCUGGUGCGCUCCGUCGCCACAGACAACAAGUCCUUCUUCGUGUUGUCCAUGUCGGACAGCGGUGCCCAGAUCUAUGAGCUGAUGGCACAGACCGUGUCUGAGCAGAGAACGUGGCAGUGUCUCAUCACCCAGAGGGCAGACUCCAUGAAGAUGAAGCAGCACAACAUCAUACCUCUACCCCAGACCGAUGGUGACCGCGAGACUGUGGAGAUGAUCAACUCCGCUGGCGUUCAGAAACUCAACAAAGAUUCCGACCGCAUCUCGACCGGCAGCAUCCAGUCCCCAGAAAAAGACGUAGCAUCCACCCAGGGGGUUCUGGACACGCCUCCUCCUGGGUCCAACCCCUUUGAGAGCAGUAAGUCAGAAGAUGAGGAGGAGGAAGAGGAGUCACUAACAGUGCCACUGGAGGAAGAGGGGCCAUUCCUAGACACUGACUUAGCUGACAAAGAGGCCUUCAUCAAGCCUGGGUCAUGUCCGCCGGUUGUUCUGGACGAUGAGGAGCCUGAGGCCUUUGGCUUUCCCUCCUCCAGAGCUGAUGAGGCCCUAAAAACAUUGGCAGCGCUGCGGCAGCUUCUCAUCACCCACAUGAGUGCUGAGGAGGGGGAGCGGGCCGAGGGGGCAGAGGAGCGCACAGACAUGUCCGCACCUCCGCCAGGCCCCAAGGACAACGGGGGCCCAGCACCACCUGCAGAGAACAGCUCUGAGAGGACAGCGUCCUCGCAAGCAGCCGCAGAGUUGCCGUCUACCAACACAGCCCUAUUUGAGACGCCCGAAUACGCUCUUCUCCUAGAGGGAUACGGGGGUUUUGAGGAGAGCAGCACUGACGAUGACAUCCAAGGGGCCGACUCGGAUGUUGAUGUGACGAAGCUCCUCUCAUCGUCACAGACAACAGGCGUACCCAACCUCAGCCGGCAGGUCAUGACCCACAUCCGCCUGCUCCAGGCCAACCUGCAACACCUCAAGGAGGUGGAGAUAAAGUAUCACGAACUUCGCCAAAGCCUCGCCGAAGCAGCUACUGACACAGUGGAGAGCAAAGACCAGAGUUAGUGAUUCAGGGAGACGCUCCUCUGCUCUUGGCUGGAAAGACAAGCGUGGGAGGUCGGGGGUGUGUGUGGUGGACACUCCUCUCCAGCGUGCCCUCCCCCCUCUCCCCUGUGUUAACACACUGACAUGGACACAGUCCGCUUGGAGGAGGUAGCCACGGAAGAUGGCAGUGUAGUGCGUCACACGUCCUCUCCAACUCCCCUCCGCUCUUCCUCCCAGAUCCUCCACUCAAACAGAGGAGCGCAUCCUGCGAGCAUCUUCUGUGCACAUCUACCAAUUCAAGUUACUCGGCGUAGCCUGCUUUCUCAGAGAUCUUGGGGUUAUAUUUAUUGGAAUUGAUGUGAAUGUUGAGAUUUCCUGAUGCCUAAACUCACUGGUGAUUUUCAGGAGACUUCUCCCAUUUUAUUUGAACCAGCUGUAUUAGCACAUAGGGAGAAGACUGUUGUGCUCCAUGGUCUCUAGUCUAUUCUGCCAUUCCUUGGGCCUGUUCACAUCGCUGAUCCCUCUCUCCAAUGGUGUAGAGAGUUUCAACAGGGCCUCUGUUGACAUGAAAGGGAAAUCUUCAGAAAGUUAUGAAUUCGUCACUGAUAUAAAGACUUGUUACAAGGCCAAAUCAGAAACAAAAUGCUGAAUAAUGCUGUCCCAGAUUUCAUAUUGAACUGAAAAAAAGAGGUCAGGAGUUAAUUGUUUUUCAAAUAUGACCUCAGUUGUGUCUAUAUCACGUCUCGCUAGAAUUGGGUAACUCCUUUUGUAGUCUGUCCUUUAUAAGGACUACGUAACAACUUAAUAAGCACAGCAUAACACAUUCAUGAGGAUUAUGUUAACAAUCUUUAUCCAUAUUGUCAUGCAUGCUGCACUGUAUGUAUGGUGACCUAAUCUGCCCUUUUCCACAUGAAAUACCUUGAAUGUUAAUGUUUUGUUAUUGAGCACAAUAUCAUGCCUAGGAAGAAAAGGUUUGGGUGCGAGUGGAGCUGUAAUAAAUGGCCUCUUUCCACCACAAAAAGCCUUUGAUAAGACACGAUCAUAUAUCUCUCCUCGGCCUCAAUAACCAUCAAUCACUGAAUUGUAAACACAGGAAUUAAGGAAGACAAUGUGCUCAUUUGAUGUGGUAAUAGUUAUUGGGAUGUUACAGCGGAGAUGGUUGUUCAGGUAGGCCUAAUGCAUUUACAGCAGUGUUUCUCGCUCUUGGUCAGCAUGUGUUCAAGCCUACCUUGCAUAGGCUACUGUCUAAACUCAUCUUGAAUCAGGUAAAGGGAGGUAAAGGCGAUUUUAGGCCAAUACAAUUUCUGUCAAAUUCAGCGCAUGUUCCGCAUGCUUCGCUAGCGAUCUGUUCAAUCCCGUCGCAACAAUUGUGAAACAAACAUAUUAUGUGAGCGUUGUAAUUUGAUUGGCUGUUGACUUAAAUGUCAGCCUUUAACCAAAAUCGCAGACUCUGCUUUUAAUGACCGAACAUGUUGACUACUCUUAUUUCAGUCAGAUGUGCAGAACAGCAUUCUGAAUUGUUGGGUUUUCCCAAAGGUACACAACGUCUCAAGUAGUGCCCAAUGAAUAGAGGAUAGUGACGCUCAAGCUCCACACAGAGUUUCAUGAUUGAUUUCUUCUUAUUCUUAAAAAGGAUAUCCAAAAUAGGCUAUCAGCACAGAGUAGUCAGAUUAGAAUGUGACUGGCACCAUUUCAACAUUUUUCAUCAGGUAUGUUGAAAGUAAUGUUCACCUUGUAGACGGACAGACAGAUUCUGCUGAUAACAUGCUGUGGAGCAAUGCAUUUUUCUCUUUCUCAACACAAAUGGCUUGUUAGCUGUGUUUUGGAGGCAACGAAUCCUUCGCCACAGCAUCCUUUGGAAUUGAAGCUACUGAAGAUCUCUUCACCUUCACAGGCGAGGACAAACAAAAAAUCUGUAAAAACGUGUACAAACAUUGAAACGGUGUUGGCCGAACAUGCAAAAGUCCCCAUAUUUGCAGGACCUGUUCAACCACGAGUUAUUGGAUUUCAUAUAUGAAGAAACAAACACCAGAGCUUAUGAAAUGAUGGUGUAUGGUUUAUUUUAAAUGUAAAAUUGUAAUUAUGAACACUGCCAUCUCUCACCAGAAGAGUCCUUGAAUGUGGCUCUUCUGCUUUCUACACCUUAUGUAUUGUUUUAACAUAAACUACUAAGAUGAAAAAAAGACUGCAAGGUAUUCCCUAAAUAUUAAUGUUACCUGUAUUUUUAUUAUUUUGUCUAGAUGUUCAUGAGGUAUUAUAUUUUAUGAAGAACACUAUUAUGAUCUUUGGCUUUCUGUUGAAAUCAUUAAUAACUUUUAGUUGAGAGAUUCUAUUAAAUUUGAAACUGAUACAAUGUCAAACAUAAA